AAGGUGAAGCCGAACAGCAGCAGCAACAAAGAAACAGAAUGAAUGUGAAGGGCAUGGCUAUUCUCUUGGCUGUGAUAGUCUGUGCUACGAUUACUAAAGGCUUUCCUAUGUUCAAAGGGGGACGCUGUCUUUGUAUAGGCCCCGGAGUAAAAGCAGUGAAAUUUACAGAUAUUGAGAAAGCCUCUGUCAUCUACCCAAGUAACAGCUGUAACAAAAUUGAAGUGAUUAUUACCUUGAAAGCACAUAAAGGACAACGAUGUCUGAAUCCCAGAUCAAAGCAAGCAAGCUUUAUAAUCAAGCCAAAAUCCUUGACUGAUAAAGCCUUCUUUAUAGUAAUCUCCACAUCUGAAAAAUGA